AUGUUCAAGACUCUGCGAUCGUCUGUUAAGCAAAAAGGAUCUACUGUUGUUCAAGCUACCUCUGUACCAGCCCCUUCUGUCAGAAAAGGGAAGCCAUCCACACGAUCAAGAGGUCGAAGUAUCACCCCUGAGGUCCCACCUGUUGAAGAAACUGACCCAUCUGUUUACCGGCCUCAGUUUGUAUCUCCUGCUGCACAGACCAAAUGGACCACUAUGGUUAGAAGGGAUCUUAUUGUUCAAAGAUCGGUGGACGAGAACCAGCUGAACUCCAUUUGUGACAUUCUGCCCUUGCUGAAUGAAGUUGGAUUGUUGAAAACUGUCACGGACAUCUGCCCUUACUCUAAGCUGCUCACAUAUGAAUUCUAUUGCAAUCUCAAUGAUGAGAUUGACGUUCUCACAGGGCCACGACCGAUGCAGAUCUUUAUCAGAGGAAGGUGGUAUGUUUUUGGGCCAGAUAUGAUUAAUGAAUACUAUGGCUUGCCAGCAGUUCAAGAAGAAGCUGUUACUGACUGGGACUUAGUUGCCAGAACUCUGACCGGUGGGCAGACAGAAUCAUGGCCUACGGGUGACAAGGACUAUCUGCAAAGCUCCCAUCUCACGUCUAGAUAUGUGAUUUUACACCGCCUAGCUCUUCACAACUGGCUCCCAUCAGCCCAUUUUCACACAGUUGGCAAGCUUCUGGCUGGGUUCUUAUUUCGAAUUGGAACAAAGAUGCAACUUGAUCUGGGAAAAUGGAUUUACUAUCACAUCCUCACCCUGAUUCAUCCACGCGAACAGAAGGUAAGACUCCCCUUCCCAAAUCUGAUUUUUGGCAUCCUUACCACUCAGGGCCUUGAGCCUAUGCUCAGUGAAGUGAUCAGCCCAACGUUGCUUUAUACUGUUGAUAAACGUCUUCUGUCUGGAGAUCACUUUCGGGAUGUUGUUCCUGUGACUGCCCCAUCCAAUCCUGAACCAGAUGUUGUGCCUGAUGACUCUCCUCAUGCUAAGGAUGUUCAGCUUUCCAUACAGCUGAAGGCAAGAGUUGCUGAUCUUGAGACGGUGCACAGCAUUAUUGCAAAGCAACUGACAGGUGCCCGUACUAUGCUAGCUAUUGUUCUUCUUCGUUUGAGACUGAUUGAAGCUGCUGCUGCUACUGAUCCUGUGAAGUCUGGCAGUGACUCUCCCUCCAAUGCUUGA